AUGUAUAAUGAGCAAACUGAGCUCACCCGACUCAGUGCGUCCAGCACAGCGCCUAUAGAGACAUUGAGAGAGUUAUCUGAGAAACUGUACAGGCAACCAGCACCAUGUGCUUCAGGAGUUUUACCCCUGAAAAACCUUCCAGUGAAAAGCAUAACUGUUGGACCAAAUCAUGCAGCUUUUCUUCUUGAGGAUGGUCGUGUAUGUCGUAUGGGAUUCUCAAUCAACCCUGAGAAAGUCGACAGUGGUCCAACUAAGAAUGAAAGCUCCAAAAGCAGCAAGAAGAGCUGGGCCUCCUCUGCUCAGUUAUCUUCCGCUCGUUCUUCAUCAUCAUCAUCAUCGUCGAGGCCUACUAAUCCUCUUAACCCUUGGCUCAUCAAUGCCGAUGAACCUUCUGGAGUUUCGUCUAGUAAAUGGUCCUCUAAUUGCCGUACCCCAUCCAAUCGCACAACAUCAAACAACAACUCCAGUGCUUCCCGUAAUCGAGGGCGUGUCAUCCGUGCUCACUCUCGAGGUCGUGGUGGGGUGAUAGUGGGUACCAGGCCAGUUGUCCCAGCAUCUGUUGUCCCUGAAGAACUGGUGUCCCAGGCACAGGUAGUCCUACAGGGCAAGAGCAGGUCGGUCAUCAUCAGGGAGCUCCAAAGGACUAACCUGGAUGUCAACCUGGCAGUCAACAACCUGUUGAGCCGUGAUGAUGAAGAUGGUGAAGAUCCUGAGGAGAAUGACACCUAUCUGUCUGGUGGUGAUGACCUUGUCUCACUCUUGGAUGGUGGUAUCCACUCGGAUCAUCCAAGCGUCAUCAUUGAUGCUGACGCCAUGUUCUCGGAGGAGUUCUUGGGCCUACCGCCAUCGAGGUCCAGAGCUAGAGGCUCCAGCAGUAGAGAUCGUGAUCGUGAUGCUGAGCGAGAUCCACUGCUGCGUAGCCGGGAGCGGCGCUGGCCCGAGAUUGUACUCCGAGACACUGGAUCAGGAGCUAGUAACAUGAAGGCUGGUAGCUCUGAGGCAGCAGGAACAUCAGAUAGCAGACGUGGGGGAGCUGCAGGGCACAGCCAGAACCCUGUGGUUAUUGGAGAGGAUCUAGAAUGGUGGUCAGAAAAGGGUGAAGAAACACCUCGAUUUGUAAGCAUUGGUGCCAUGUAUUCUGAGCUGAUAGCUGUGGGUCAGAAUGGCCUUAUGUACCAAUGGAAGUGGUCGGAUCCAGAACCAUACAAGAAUCCAGAGAACACUGGAGUACAUCAUCCUAAGGUUCCAUUCCUGGGUCUGGUAGGGGAGAAGAUUUCCCAGAUAGCCACCUGCUUUGAGAAAUCAGCAAUCCUGACCGAGUCUGGAAAGGUUGCAACUAUGAUUGAUGAGACCCUAUCACCUAUUGCAUCUAGACUUGAACAUCCAGCCACUGUGUAUCAAGAGUUUGCUUGUGACAAAAUUGUUUCCAUCCAUACCUGUGCUUUAUACACCUGCACCUGGAUGGAAUCUGGACACAUCUUCUGGUGGGGUGUGCUCCCGUUAGCACUGAGGAGUAAGGUCUUGGAGAAGGCUAGAGAUAGAGCCAGAGCGAAGAAACGUGAAGCUAUGGCAUCAGCUUUAUUAACUGCUGGAACACAGGUUUGUUUACGUAGUUGCCCCAUGUACCAUUGUGGUGCAUUGGCCUUCAACGUGAAGAGUGCCCCACCGCGCGUUGGUCAGUUGAUGGACACUGCCUGGCACCUGACCGACACCUGCAGGUUCCGUAUACGUCGUUCUUCCCUGGACCUGAGUGACGCUGCCACCACCGGUGGAUCUUCUACUAGUGGCGCUUCCACCCUAGCUGGCCUCCCUCAGGCAAGCCGAGAUACCAAGGAUGAGACAAAGGGAGAUGGGGGUAAAGCUGAUGCUCGAGGGGAUGCUAAGACUGAUGCCAAUAGGUUAGACGUGAAGCAAGAAAUGGGACCGCCGCCUUCACCUGCUUCUACUAGCAGUGAUGUAUCCAUCGUGUCAAGUCCUGCAGCUCAUAGGAGAGGGUCAAAGCGCCCUUUGUCAUCUCCAGCUAGAGAGGUAGAGAAGAAUGAUAUAGAGGUUUGGGCUCUGACCGAUGUUGUGUUUGUAGAGGAUAUACGCUCUGCUCCUAUUGGAAAGGUGUUGAAGGUUGACGGUGCUUAUGCUGCGGUCAAGUUUCCCUCUCUAGAUUCUAGUGCUGAGUCUUCAGGGGAUGUUGAUUCCUUCCUACAAGACUGUAGACUGCUUCGCAAGGAUGAACUCCAGAUUGUCAAGCAGGGCUCGGGUCCAAAGGUGCCAGAUUGUUUCCAGAGAACUCCAAAGAAACUCAACGUCCCUUCAAAUGGACAAAUUCUAGCUGUGUCCGUUGAUUUCAGAGGUGUGCAUGUCUUGGUCAAGGUGAGAUCUGAGCUCUUGUACCAGCUGUAUGAGCUGUGCUCCAGUCGCCCUACGACGGAGAGCCCCUUCCCUACCGAUACCAAUGCUUUCAUGGGAAAGAGCAUUGAUAAUAUACGACUGCACAACCCGGGCAAGGACUCUGUAACCUUACUCCAAGAUGGGAACAACACCUUGUAUCCGUUGGCUAAGACGGCUACUGUGACGAUCAGGGAUCCUAACUGGGUCGACCUUCCACCCAUCCGUAGCCUGAGCAUGGGCGUGCAUCAUCUCCCUCACCCCGGGCAGUCUACGAACAUCAAGAGUAAAGCAGCUAUCAUGGUCAUGGCUAUAGAGAACCAGCUGUUGAUGCCCCAUGUACUGAGGUGUGAUUAUGAAGCAGUCUCUCAUUUCCUUAGCAAUCUUCAGUUAGAACCAAUUCCUGCGAUCAAGGAGCAGAAGCUACAGCAUCUUGUUGAGGAGAGGUGUGAUGGAGGGAGAAACAUCUUCCAUGCCUGUGUCAGUCUAUGCAGACCACUCUCAAAUCAGACCAACAACUCAUCAACGGAAUCCAGCAGUCUGGCUACUUUGACCUCUGAAGUGAGCAGCCGUGCUAAGAUGUUGUGUAAUGCCCUCCACACUCUGAGCAACGCAAUAGCGGGAGCAGCUAUGGCUUCUGGUAGUGGUCCCAGUUCACAUGGAAUUGGUAUGCGUGAUGCAAUGAGUCGAGGUGGUAGCAGCAGCUCUGCCCAACCGGCUGGUCCUAGUGGUAUACCUGGUGACGACGGGAGAGAGUCUGCUUCAUCCCCACUCCCAACAGCACCAAUACCUACACUUAGCUGGCCCCCAGAACCAUCAGGACUGUAUAUGGACCAAGAUGAGGAUAACCUGAGCCUGGGAAGCACCUCGGCAACGGUCGGCGGGUCUUCCAGCUCCCUGGCUAGCAACCCGCCCUCCUUAGCAACCAGUAUGUCUUACACCCAAGCUGUAGCCCUGACACCAGAGGAGCGUAGAAGCAACGCCCAUAGCAUCUUACGUCUGCUCUGUGAGGCAGCUGCUCUCACUGAAAGGCUACCUGACUUCUUGUCUGCAAAGGACUCCCAUGGCAAUACCCCUUUCAUGUCGGCUGUCAAGAUCCGAGCUUACUCCGUAGCCCUGACCAUUUUCGAUACCACCGAGAACCUGGCGUCCCGCCGACGCCCCCUCGCUCGCACUCAGCCUGGCAGCCAGGGUGGGGGAGGGAGCCAGAAGAGGGAAGAGCAGCCAGCCAGUUUCAACAAGGAGCUGUUUGAAUCAAUGGUGUUCCCCCCUGGUAGCCACCCGGAUUCCUCCCCUCUCUAUGUGCUCUGCCAUAAUGAUACGUGUAGCUUCACAUGGACAGGGACAGAGCAUAUCAAUCAGGACAUCUUUGAGUGUAGGACAUGUGGUCUCCUAGGACCACUCUGCUGCUGUACAGAAUGUGCCAGGAUCUGCCACAAAGGACACGACUGCAAAUUGAAGCGUACGUCCCCUACGGCAUACUGUGAUUGUUGGGAGAAGUGUGAAUGUAAAGCUCUUAUUGCAGGACAGAUCUUCACACGUAUGGAGCUUCUUGACAGGCUUAUCAAUGAAACCAACUUGGUUACUAUACCAAACAGCAGAGGGGAUCACAUUCUGCUAUUCUUGGCUCAAACCGUGGCACGUCAGACGGUAGAACAGAGACAGUACCGCCAGUCCAGGAGCAGACUCUCUCGUAAGAAUGAAUCGGACAUUGAUAUGCCUGAUCAUAACCUGGAGCCACCACGAUUCUGUCGUCAUGCCCUUGAGAGUAUCCUGCAGGAAUGGCAAGCUGUUAGUGCUAUGAUACUCAAUGGAUGUCAAGAUAAGAAAAAGGAUUGUGGCGGGGGCAUUGGUCACACCCCUAUACCGGAGGACCAGGUGUAUCUAAUGCGUCAAUCUGGUACUGUCAAGUUGGACUGGUUUACCCAUAUGCUCAUUGUCAAGUGUACUUCUUCUGAUCUCGACACCCUACUGACAACUUUGAUUCGCCGUCUCCGCCAUGCUCAAUCUGCCACCAGUAAGGCCGAGGCAGCGGAGGUAGCCCGUAGGUUCAUCCGAUCCGUUGCUAGAGUCUUUGUUGUUCUCAGUAUUGAGAUGACCCCUGGCAAAAAGCUGUCUGAGCCAGUGCAGCGUUGCAAGCGAGUGUUUCAGGCAUUGAUCCACCAGUCCAUCACAGAGCUGUGUGAGAUAGGAGAUUCAUUGAUAGCACCUGUUAGGAUGGGGGUAGCUAGACCCUCCUCACCGUUCCCUCUCUUCAACAGCCAUGCUGAUGCUAUCCAGGGAAGUGAAGAACUGUUCUUUACGGAGCCACUACCCAUGAGGUCUGCUUCCAGCAACCAGUCUAGUUCAAGCCACACCCAUCACCACGCUCCUUCUCUGCGGACACACCCACACCGUAUAACCCGUAAUCGUACCAUCGAUGAAGAUGAUCAAGACAUGGAGGUCGGAGAAGGCGAAGAGAUUGACAUGGUUGAAGGAGACAUUGUGGUUGUAUCCAGUGAUGUACGUGAAAGGGAUUCCGGCAGUGCCCCGCCCAGAGACCCUAGGGAACAACCAAGUCAAGACGAUCAACAAGAAGAUGAUGCUGGUAAUGAGAGUGACAUGGACCUCGACCUUCUAGCAGAGAGUGACUAUGAUAGUGAGAGUAACCAUAGCAACCAAGAUCACGAAAGCAGCGCACAGGACUCCAGCCGUCGAGGUGGCGUCAAUGCUCCUAAUGCUGGAUCCGAUGCUGGUGGUGGUCUAGCAUCACUAUUCUUCUCUGAAGAUGAAUCAUCAUCCAAUGCCGAUGAAGCCGAAGAGGAAGAAGAGGAGGACAGCGAUAAUGAAUUCAAUGAGAUAGAAGAAGAGACUGUCGAUCAGGCGUUCAACGAAGACUUGCUGGAGAGACCGGCUACAGCUAGUGCAAGUGGAUCUCAGAACAUUGAAGGAAACAGAUCUAGCCAGCCACCACACCCUCUCCAGUGGGCUUUCCGCAAUCAACAGCCUCUGUCAUCAAAUAACUCCAGGACUAGUGGCUCUGGAGUGGUCAAUGAGGUGCUAGGAUCUGCCAGUAGCGCUCCUCCUGUUGUACCCACAGGUCUCAUUUACAUCGACCCCUCCAACUUGAGACGAACGACCAUCUCCACGGCAGCAAACCCCACUCCACCUACCACCAACACGACUGAGACUGCUCCAACCACCACAGCAAGUCGACUAGCGAGGGCAUUUGGCAUCGUGCUCCGACAGGUGUCUGAUCUAAUGACCUCCUUACCCAACUACAAGGCUCCUGAACCACUUACGGAAACACUCGAGAUUACCGCUGAUAAUGCCAAAGAGUUGCAGAAUUAUGUGCAGUGCAGUCUGAAGCCCACAUGGGACUGGCUGGUGUGUGUGAUGAACAGUACAGAGGCUCAGCUACGAUACGGCAAGGCAUUGAUGGGAGCUACUGAUCCUUCGCACCCAUCCCAUCCAAUGCGCAGUCAGUACAUGCGGACCUUGAGGGGAGCAGCCCGCGAUGCAGCAGCCAGGGAAGAGACGGCCUACCAGCACUCCUUGGAGAGCAGAAGACGAGGAACCCACAACAACACAGAGGAACACGGCUCCAUGAUGGACUACUUGACCUAUGUGCUAUCACUCAUGAGAUCGCAUAACAGCGAACACUUGGGAUCACUCCCAAUGCUGGACAUUGCUGCCAUGAAGCACAUUGCCUAUGUUCUGGACUCCUGCAUCUACUUCUUGCGUUGCUUUGAGCGCGAGCCACUCUCUGAACCCUCUCAGGCAUCCUCAAGCAAGCGUUCCUGGUGCUUCUCCCAGGACGUUGAUGGAGGCGAAACCAGCGAUUCCAACAUGGAUGUUGACGGGGCAGAGGAAGAUCGGUUGGCAACGUCAGGUCGCAAACAUCCAUUCUUUGUUCGAUCGGAUUCAACCACCUUCCUAGGUUGCCCACCACCUGAUCCAAUAGAGACCCCUCUCUCAGAAGCCCUACCCCUGGCUGAUAGACCUCACCUACUGCAGCCAAGUGCCACCAAAGAACAGCUCUUCGGAAUGCCUCAGAAUCCAGUCCUUCCUACAGACUCUGAAGUAGCUUUAGGCCACAACCAAUCGGUGACAGUACACCAAUCUUUCUUGGAGAUCCUACCCACACAGAUGAGUGUGUCCCAGCGUCAGGUCUUGGGUCAGCCAGGCAUGGAUGAUGACCAAGAAGAGGAAGAAGAUGAAGAAGAUGGGAUAGAAGAAAGUGAGGAUGGAGCUGCAGCUGGACCGUCCACUCUGCCAUCCGAUGGGCCACCAGCCCCUCAGGCUCAAGGUGAAGGGGAGAGAACAGAGACUCAAGAAUCCUCCUCGGUAACAUCAGGUGCAGUUUCAGCAGCCACAGGAUCAACACUACCUGUAAGCCAGAGCUUAGGAGAAAGCAGUGACCUGUAUCAGCCAUCAGGACCAUCAUUUUCAUCAAGCAGCUUCUCUGGUCAACCGUCGGAUUACAGUCAAUCCAGUGCCGCAUCGGCAAGUGCUGCAUCAGCAGCAAAGCCCAUCUCCCAAGAUCAGCCUAGGAACUUGAGUGGAGUGAUCCAGGGUUCUUCUGCUCAAGGAAGUCCUGGACCGUCACAUGGAAGUGAAAGUGAAGGUGGUGACUCUGUGCCAAGUGCUUUAGAUGUUGCAGGAAGCAGUAGCAGCCAGGCAUCCUCAGCAGGACCUUCUGGUGUUACCACUGCAGGAGGUGCUUCUGCAACAGUUGUAAGCGUGAUUCGUACUACUGGAUCAGUAGAUAAAUCUGCAGGAGAUCCUCAAGCUCAUAGCUCAGGAAGUAGAGAACCAUUGGUCAAUCAGCCAGGGCCAGUAAGGGUGUCUGAGAUACCUCUUCCUCCAGACCCUGUAAGGGACAGCAGUGAUGAAUUCUCUGGUGCUAGUAGGAAUGUUAGUUUGGGUGCUCUCUUCCAUGUUGGAGGAGAAGAAUCCGUACAAGCUAGUCCAAUGAACCUAUCUGAAUCUGCCCAUAGUGGACAGGCUGCAGAACCUUCGGCUUUAGAGUUGUCCAAUCAUGAGACCGGUGAAAGGAGUCGUCCGACAUCAGCUACAAGAGACCUUGAUGGAGCCGAUCCUGAAGAUGGAGGAAGAAGGAAAUCUUCAGGAAGAGGAGGUCCAACAACAAUCACUGUUGACAGAGCUGAUAUACAACCUGUUAGCGACAUUGAUCAAGUCAUUAGACUCACAAGGCCGCUGUCUCCGCUGCUGUCAGCGGACAUGUUACUUGGUAGAUGGCGUCUGUGUCUCGAGCUCUUUGGCCACGUCUUCCUCGAGGAUGUUGGGGCUGAGCCAGGGUCUGUCCUCAGUGAGCUAGGAGGGUUUGAAGUCAAGGAAUCUCGCUUCAGAAGGGAGAUGGAGAAACUCCGCAACAACCACACAUCCAAGGAUCUCACGUUAGAGGUGGAGCGCUCUCGUGACCUGCUUAUACAGCAGACCAUGCGCCAGCUGAACACUCACUUCAACCGCAGGAGCAGUAGCAACCUUGCUGGCCUGCCACUUGCUGUACACCGGGUGAAGGUGACCUUCAAGGAUGAACCAGGUGAAGGUAGUGGGGUAGCAAGGAGUUUCUAUACAGCCAUUGCAGAAGCUCUGAUGUCUCAGGAAAGAUUACCCAAUCUAGAUGAUUGCCAGGGCUCCAACAAGGGACCGCAAUACAGUCUAAUCCAGAGGCUUCGAAGCAGGGAGAGGGAGAGGGAACGUCAGCGCCGCUCUGAACUGCGGACAGGCAGUGGACGAAUGGCCCAGAGUUUGGACCGUGAUAGGAACACCCUGUCCUAUGAUGCAAGGCCAUUCUACCCUCGGGAUAGUGCCAAUUCUGAUGACCGCAGUGCUGACUAUGAGCCGCUUCCACCAUCCAAGCAGGCUCUAGGUGAAAGGCUUUUCCCAAGGGUUUAUGCUCUACAACCAUCCUUGGCCAGUAUGAUCACAGGGAUGCUAUUGGAGCUACCACCGGCUAGACUGCUACUGUUACUUGCCAGCGAGGAAUCUCUCAGGGAACGGGUGGAGGAAGCUGUCGAUAUCAUUCUCUCUCGUGGAAGCCGGGACGACCCUACAGACAGCAGCCGUCUAGACCUUGACAUCUUUGGUCUUGGAGAGAGAGAGAAGAGCAAGAAUGAGAGCAGCGGAUCAACAUCUUCGGCCAUGGCGAUAGAGACAGAGGACUGUGACGAUGCCGAUCGUGAUGGUGAGGCAUUGUUCUUUCAGCCCGGCAAGAGGGGUUUCUACUCCCCAAGACCGGGCAAGAACUCUGGGGAGAGACUCAAUGUCUUCAGAAAUGUCGGCAGGAUAUUGGGCUUCUGCUUGCUUCAAAACGAGCUGUGUCCCUUGACCCUCAACCGACAUGUCAUCAAGUUUCUCCUUGGAAGAAAGAUUGGUUGGCAUGACCUGGCUUUCUUUGACUCAACCCUCUAUGAGGGUCUACGCCAGCUACUCCUGGAUGCAGAACGAGGUCACGCUGCAAGCAUCGCUGCCAUGGAGCUGACAUUCUCCAUCCAGCUGAGUAAGGAGGAAGGAGGUCAGACGGUCGAUCUUAUCCCAGGAGGGAGCAGGGUCAGCGUCAAUACGGACAACAUCUUCGAGUAUGUCAGGCAUUACGCAGAGUACAAGAUGGUAACUGUGGCUCACAAGUGUCUCACGUCUAUGAGGCAAGGACUGUUUGAUGUCUUGCCACGUAAUUCAAUGGAUGGCCUCACUGCUGAGGACUUCCGGUUACUGGUCAAUGGAUGCGGCCAAGUCAACGUCCAGAUGUUGAUCAGCUACACUACAUUCAAUGAUGAGACAGGCAAGCUAGGUGAUGGUCACAGUAAUGAAGGCAAUGACAAGCUGUCUACCUUCAAACUAUGGUUCUGGAGUAUUGUAGAAAAGAUGUCAACUCAACAAAAACAAGAUUUGGUGUAUUUUUGGACCUCCAGCCCCAGUCUACCAGCUAGCGCAGAAGGUUUCCAGCCCCUCCCUACCAUCACAGUACGCCCACCCGAUGAUAACCACCUCCCAACCGCCAACACCUGCAUCAGCCGUCUGUACAUCCCACUCUACAGCUCAAAGGCUAUCCUCAAGAAGAAGCUGUUACUUGCUAUUAAGACCAAGGCCUUUGGUUUCGUCUAGAUCCUUAAGGAUGCCCUAUGCUGUGAAGUCUCCCUUUGAAUAAUCAGAGCCUUGCUCUUAGAGCCUUUGAUUUUUGCCUUUAUGAACCCAAAGAAGCUGUUAUUUGCUUUCAAAACCAAGGUGUUUGGUUUUGUUUAGGAUGCCUACAUUUUGAAGUCACCCUUUGGAUAAUCAGAGCCUUGCUCUUGAAGCAUUUGAUUUUGGUCUUAUGAAACUGAAGAAACUGAUACUUGCUAUCAGGAUCAUUGCGUUUGGUUUCGUCUAGAUCCUGUGGGAUGCCUUAUGAUGUGAAGUCGCCCUUUGAAUACUCAGAGCCUUGCUCUGGAAGCAUUUGAUUUUAGUCUUAUGAAAACCUGAAGAAGUAGUCACUUGCUAUCAGGACAGAGGCCUUUUUGGUUUUGUGUAGAUCCUUUAAGAUAGCCUAUGCUAGGAAGCUCAGAGAUACGCUCUUGAAGCAUUUGAUUUUAGUCUAAUAAAUUUAUGAACCUGCAGGAGAAGCUUUUAAUUGCUAACAAAAUCCAGGGCUAGUGACAUUGUGACGACCUGUAAGGUGUCUGAGGUUGUUUAAUGGCUCUUUGAACAACCGUAGCCCUCCUUUACCAGCAUUAUGACCGUCUUAUUCCAUCAUAAUCUGUCUGCUUCUACAAAGCCCUGGAGGAAAGGACUCAUCUAGACCAAUGCCAGACAUGCUGUCUCAUGCCUUAGGUGUUAGGGACUUGUGCUCAUCCCCCAAAUAUCUUUCUCAUACCUGUAUCACAGCCUAACCUCAUAUAUACAUUAUACACAAUCCUGGUGAUCUCUCAUGCCUAGUUACGAUUCCAUGCCUAAUACCUUUACGCAUCAAUGGUCUUUGAACUCAGCAUGUCUGCAGUGCGAGCAAUGUGCCUAGAUCUUUAAGUACCAUCUUUACUCUGACAUAUAUAUAUAUAUUACCCCAUCAGAAGCCUAGCUAUUUUGGUUUGUCAAAAUUGUUCUUUAAGAAAGUGAUGCUACGCCUACUAUUCCUAAGAGGCUGAUUGAGAUUCAGUUAUCAAGAACAAGAUCUAAAUUGCUUAUCUAUUUUCUGCUAGCCUAUGUAAACCAUUUUAGAAAAAUCUGUCAGGCCCAUUACUGGCAUGAGUGUAGUCCUGAGAUAGUGGUCUGAUUCUUUCCUCAAAAACACAGAUGUCAUGAAUAUUCCCUUCGGUAAGCAUCGGACGUGGGCAUUUUAUCUUGCCUCUUGCUUCCGGCUCUUGUACUGACCAAGAAUGCUACAUGUAUUGUACACUUGUUCAGGAUUACCGUAGGAGAGCAUCGUUCAAGAUGAAUUUGAGGAUGAAGAUGCAUUGGUGAUGAAUUACUGAGAGCAAUGAGAACAAUCCUCGACUUCAUGGCAUGUCCUAUGCUUCAUCCGGUUUUUAGUUCUAAAACUCCUGACUACUGAAUUUUUAAAUUCACAUAGGCUACAUGUACGUACAGGGACUUCCCUGUUUCAAUAGCCAAUGGGUUGAUACUGUAUGCUAGUCAAUAACAUCUUUAGACCGGCAUGUCAAUAACAUCUUUAGAUUGAAAUUUCUUCAGUAAGAACAUCGCAACUUCAUGCUGAUGAGGAUGAAGAUGCUGGUGUGAAUGAACAUUGAUUGGUUCCAACUAACACCUGUACAUGAACCAUUAUUGCCACUAGUGUCAUGGCUUUCGGCGCACCAAGCCAAUCUGCAGCCUUGCUCCAGUUGGGGAAUUUACCUUUACAAGUUCAUCUGAUCCCUAUGCAUGCAUGGGGUAUCUUUGGGAUACCCCAUUUCAUUGAUUCAGUAUUCAAAUUCAACUCGAGAUUCAGUUCAUCCAUUGUGCAAGGUUGAUAUGCUAUCGCUAAUCUAGCAAUGAGUGUGAGUGUGCUCUGCGGAAUGUACUACAGAAGAAAGUGAAAGCGUGUGUCCUCGUAAACUUUGUUCUUUGAUAUGGAGUACUGUUCAUGCAUCAAAAUUAGAUGGUGUAGCAAAGCAAGAUAGAUGAACAUGAGCUUGGAAGUGUAGUUUGGGAAGGAUGGUGGGGUAGAAAUCUGUGGAUGAUCAAAAGAGGACACUGACAAGUAGAGCUAGAGUUGAAGGAAAUUUACAAUGUUUUGUCUUUGAGUUAAGAUGCAGUAGAAAUUGUUGAAUAUUACAAAGAUGCAAAAUAACUUGAGUCAUGUAGACAAGAUGUCUGUAUCUCGUAUGGUUCUGAAUUACCUUGUUUUUUUUUUUAAAUAUAUUUUAAAUGGCACUGAUUUUUGUUGUGCUUAUUUUAUGUAAUGAGCGGACAGCUCAAAAUUAUGUUUUCUUUUAUUUUUUUAUUUUUAUUUCAAUCCAGGACCCCUUUGCAUUAAAUUGAAGUUACUAUUAGUGUAACUAUGCCAUCCAGUGGUCUCCUUCAUCCUUCAUUUUGAUUGUCUGCUGGGUAUUGUAACCAUGGUAGUUAACGUUGGAUGAUAUUUACGGUAGUAGUAAUUUUUAUACAAUGGAGCCUAGACCUUCCUUGAUGAGGUAAUUGUAAAAUUGGACAGACAUUAAAAAGCUUUGAUCAGCAUUACUAUCAAAUAUGUAUCAGAUUCAAGUCAUUUUGAUCCCAGCAGGAAUUCAGAGUGACCAGUAUGAUGCAAAUAUGGAAAUAUGUAACAAGUAUAAUUUGAAUAUACCGGUAUUGAUAAUGUAGGAAUGGCCCAGAUAACCAAAAAUACUAUCCCUGUGUGUUAAUUCCAUAUAUGUGAUUGCGAGCAAUUUGCAUACAUGUAGUUGGUGUUAGAGAGGACAUGUUACGGAUCUGUUGAUAUUUGAUUAUGAUUAGCGAGAUUGUGCAAGAUUCGUUGGUAUUAAAAAGUAAUAAUAAUGUACUGUGAAAUCAUUCAUGUGUGAGCAUGUGUUUGUGCUUGUCUGGGCCAAUGAUAUGUAAGACUUGAUUGGCAAGUGUAACAAUAUUUCAAAUCAUGGAAAGUUUGUUUUGCUCCAAAUGUCUCUUAAUUUUCUUUACAUGUUUUUAAUGUAUGGCCAGUUUGAGCUUUUAUAUACAAAUUUCUUUUCUCCCGCAAGCUGUGUACCAUACUUUUUAUUUUCCACUGCACUCCUACAUUCUGCAGUAUAGUGACAAAGAAAGAAAGAAAUUUGAUGUUUUAUUUAAAACUGCAUUUCAUGUCAGAAAAAAAGAAUAUGUUGUAAAAAAAAAGUGCUGUAGUAAGAGUAGAUAGACUAGAACUAAGUAGUUUAGAUUUGAUGCAGAGUUGAUGUAGCCACUGUCAAGAUUAAGAAAGAUUCAAUGGAACAGAUUAAAGGCAACUUUAACACCUCAAAAA